GCCAUUUUUUUUUACACUUACAACAGAUAAAGAAAGAAGAGAUUGUGUGUAUCCAGAUGACCAGGCAUGGCUUAUAGCGCUUCACCAGAAGAGGCACCGCCGUUCUUACCAAUGCUCUGUAUGCUGUACAAGAGGAAAGUUAGGAGAGCUCGUGUUACCGACCUCGGCUAUCACCGCGUUAUUGACGAACCCCCCACCCAGGAGAGUAGCACUAACUUCUGCUGGAGCGCCUUUGUCACAGGCUGACAUCUGCUGGAAGUCCCGACAGGGCAUCGGUGAACAAAAUGAGUCUCAGCUACCUCUGUUUUGGCUCAUACUGGAGGAAUCUUACGUCUCCAAUGACUCACUGGCAUAGAGGAACUGCUGUCCAGGUUGACCUUAUGAAAGUCCAUCCAGAAAUGCAGGUCAUCGCUGGUGAGCUGGGAACAGACAUAGUGAUGUUGACGAUGGCUGCCAGAAUUACACAGUCGAUUUUCACUGUGGCCAGAAAUCUCCUGCAUAGAAGGCCUUUGAGUUGGAAGAGUAAAGCUUUCCAAGCUGUGCUGUGGAUGUGCUGGAAUAUCAUAGACUUUUUCUUAGCUGUGGAAUUGAGGAACGUGUUUGUUUACAAGAACGUGCCAAAACAUUCAACACCUUAUCAUACAGAACAGUCUAUGAACACCAUCUCUAUAAAGUGUUGCUGGGGCUGUGAAACGGAGCUAAGCAAACAGAAUAUGGUUCCAGAAAAGGAGCUGCCCAGUCCUAGAAUGGAGGAUCUUCAGGACAAUGCUUACAUGGAAGAGGUUUUUGACCACAAAGUGUUCCCUGACAUGGAUAUCAUGGUGAGCAAAGAGACACUUCUACCAUCCUGUACAAACCCCUUUAUUUUGUCAAUGAUCUGUGUACCAUCAGAGGAUGGGGAGUCUUCGCUCCCAUCCGAAGAGUCUGAUCUUAGUGAGUUUGAAUCUGAUGGCGAAUCUGACGAUCACUCACCUCCAUGCGAAGAGUCCAGUCUCAGCGAGUCUGAGUGUGGAGAUGAAGAGCCUGAACAUGAUUCUUCCCAUGAAGAUACCUCAGUGGACAGUGGCAUGCAAGAAUUAUGGACUCUGAAGUCCAAGGAAGACAUGGAUAACAGUGAAGAAAGUGACUGGUCGGAAGAAGAGGACGAUUCAUGGGAUGCAGAAAGUGAUUCAGACUACAGUAGGGAUGAUGACUUGUGGGAUUCAUUCUGUCGGACUGAUGACCCAUAUAAUCCACUUUCUUUUGCCAUGCCCACAAGAAGCCCUAACCAACAGGUGAAGAAAGAGGUACUCGCCACCAGUUCUGAGCAGCCUCAGAUCAAUGUAAAAUGUUGUCCUUACAUUGCAGAGGAUGGAGAAUGUGAAACUUUACAUUGUACUAUGCAGUCACAGGCCAAGAAGCCACAAAACUGUGCCAGCCAGAAGGAUGAACCUCAGUUCUUAGAAGAAUUAAAGCAAACUGGAAACCCAGGGGUUAAGAAGGUGCGUUUCUCAUCCAAUGUCACUGUACAUCGUAUGGUUACAUGGAGCUACCAUUACCGAAUGGCUCGCAAAGGACCGUGGGAAGAGUAUGCACGAGAUCGAAGCCGCUUCCAGAAACGUAUUGCUGAGACUGAGGCUGCCAUUAGCUUCUGCCUAGAACCUGGUCACAGGGAGAAGAUCUGGGCUGCAUGUCGUUGUAAAGAAAACUACACCAAUGUCACUGUACAUCAUAUGGUUACAUGGAGCUACCAUUACCGAAUGGCUCGCAAAGGACCGUGGGAAGAGUAUGCACGAGAUCGAAGCCGCUUCCAGAAACGUAUUGCUGAGACUGAGGCUGCCAUUAGCUUCUGCCUAGAACCUGGUCACAGGGAGAAGAUCUGGGCUGCAUGUCGUUGUAAAGAAAACUGAAA